AAUAUUGUAAAUAAUAAAAUUGAUUAUUAUCAAUGUGAAGAGGUUACUUGGAUUGUUGAUCAAAGUUAUUACGAAUAUUAUGAUAGUGUUGGUGGUUGUGGUAAAGAUGGUUAUACAGUUAUUCCAAUUACUUUUUCAACAACAAACAGAUUUUUGGUUGUAUUAUCUUGUGCUACCACUGGUGGUUAUUGGUAUACUGCUGAAAGUUCUCCAACUAAUCAAGCAACUGCUGCAACUAAAGCAACAUGCAAAGGAACAAUGAAAACAGAUUAUUCUCUUGAAAUUUAUUCUGCUGUUUGUCCAGUUGGUUACACAGGGACUGCACCAAAUUGCGUUGAUGUAAAUGAGUGUUCAACAAACAAUGGUGGUUGUGCCCAAACUUGUACCAACACACCUGGUUCUUUCGCAUGUUCAUGUGCUGCUGGUUAUACAUUAAACCCUGAUGGCAAGGGUUGUACAGAUAUAAACGAAUGUGCAACAAGUAAUGGUGGUUGUGCUCAAACAUGUACCAAUUCACCUGGUUCAUUUGCAUGUUCUUGUGAUUCUGGUUAUACAUUAAAUGCCGAUAAAAAGGGCUGCACAGGUUAUUUAAAACUUAAUAUUCAUUUUUUCUUUAUAAUAAAAACGAAAAUAGAUAUUAAUGAAUGUGCAACUAGCAAUGGUGGUUGUGCUCAUACAUGUACCAACUCAAUUGGUUCAUUUGUUUGUUCAUGUGAUGCUGGUUAUACUUUAAAUUCAGAUAAAAAGGGUUGUACAGAUAUAAAUGAAUGUUCAACAAAUAAUGGUGGUUGUGCCCAAACAUGUACCAAUUCACCUGGAUCAUUUGCAUGUUCUUGUGGUUCCGGUUAUACUUUAAAUACUGAUAAAAAGGGUUGCACAGAUAUAGAUGAGUGUAAAUUAAAUACUGCAGGAUGUAGCGAUAUGUGUACCAAUACAAUUGGUUCAUUUGUUUGCAGUUGCCCAUCAGGUUACUAUCUCGCUGCCGAUAAAAAAACUUGUUUAGAUAUCAACGAAUGUUUAACAACCCCAACCAUUUGUGGUAGUGCAAUUUGUAAUAAUCAAAUUGGUAGCUAUAACUGUUCAUGUGAAAAUGGUUAUGAAUUAACUCCAAACAAUCAAAUAGCUUUUACUUGUGAAGAUAUCGAUGAAUGCGACAGAGGAAUUUCUGGUUGCUCCCAAUUAUGUGAAAAUACUAUUGGUUCAUUCUUAUGCUCUUGCGAAUCAGGUUAUACUUUAAAUGCCGAUAAAAAGGGUUGCACAGAUAUCAACGAAUGUAUAACAACUCCAACCAUUUGUGGUAGUGCAAUUUGUAAUAAUCAAAUUGGUAGCUAUAACUGUUCAUGUGAAAAUGGUUAUGAAUUAACUCCAAACAAUGAAAACUCUUACACUUGUGAAGAUAUUGAUGAAUGCGACAGAGGAAUUUCUGGUUGCUCCCAAUUAUGUGAAAAUAAUAUUGGUUCAUUCUCAUGUUCUUGCGAAUCAGGUUAUACAUUAGAUGCCGAUAAAAAGGGUUGCACAGAUAUUGAUGAAUGUAUUGAUGGUGGAGGCUGUGAACAAAUAUGCAAUAAUUUAAUGGGUUCUUUCGAAUGUUUAUGUGAUCCAGGAUAUUCAUUAGAUGAUGAUAAAAAGGGUUGCACAGAUAUUGAUGAAUGUGUAGUCGGAAGCUCAGGUUGCGCUCAAAAUUGUAAAAAUUUAAUUGGUUCUUUUGAAUGCUCUUGUGACUCAGGAUUUACUUUAAAUGAUGAUAAAAAAGGUUGCACAGAUAUUGAUGAAUGUAUUGAUGGCGGAGGUUGUUCACAAUAUUGCCAUAACUCACCUGGUUCUUACUCAUGUUCAUGUGAUUCUGGAUAUGUUUUAGAUUCAAACAAUAAGAUAUGCUUAGAUAUUAAUGAGUGUUUAGAUGGUUCCAAUAAAUGUAUUGGUGUUUCAGUUUGUAAAAAUACUAUUGGUUCAUAUGAUUGUCAAUGUCCAAAUGGUUUCGUUAGUACAAGUGAUAAAUUAGGCUGUGAAGAUAUUGACGAGUGCAGCAGUAUUGAAUUAAAUAAGUGUGCCAAUAAUACAAAUUGUUUAAAUACUUUUGGUGAUUACAAUUGCCCAUGCAUCCCAUACUUCUCCCGUUUCGAUAAAUAUAAUUGCGUACCAAAACCAAUUAUUAGUAAUUUUUAUCAAAAACCAACCAAAGUUAAUAUUUUCCAAGUUGAAGGUUAUAAUUUUAUUGCCUCUCAUGAAACCAAAACUUUAAUUAACUCCCAACUCGAAUGUACCUAUUUAUCUGGUAAUGAAAAUUCUUUUGAAUGUUUCACAAGUGAAAAUACAGAGGUUAGAGGAAACGUUACUGUAGAAUGUAAUCAAUUAGUUUCAGAUUCAUUUAAUUACAUUGGUGCACCAUUUUUAACACAAUAUGUAGGAACACCAUCAACCAUGGGUGGUGAUAUUAUUACAUUAUUUGGCAGAAAUUUACCAACUGGAAACAUUCAAUUAUUAGUUAAUUCAAAUCCACAAAAUAUUACCAUUGUCGACGAAGAUUACAUAGAAUUCCAAUCAUCUCAAGGUUCUGGUAAAAACAAUUUAAUUAGACUUUCAAAUGAAACAGCAACAAAUACCGAUAUGAUGUUUAUUGAAUUUGCUCACCCAACCAUUAAUAACGCAAGCGAAGUUAGUGGCGAAACAGGUGGCGUAUUAACCAUUCAAGGUGAUAAUUUUGGUACCAACCCAAGUUUAAUUAGAGUUGAUAUUGGCAAAUUUAACUGUUUUGAUAUUAAAGUAACCGUUCCACACAAAGAAUUGACCUGUCUCUUGAAACCACAAACCACCUAUUUCUAUACCCAAUUAAUCGAUUUAGAAGUUGAUAGUUUACCAGUCGAUAACGAUUAUUACUUUACUUUCUCAUUCUUAAAGGAAACUCUUUGCCCAUCAGAAUGUAGCGGAAAUGGUUAUUGCUCCGAUUUUGGUUGUGUUUGUAAUAAAAACUUUACAGGUAUCUCAUGUAAUGAAACAGUUGUCGAAAUUAAUCCACAUCCACCAAUUAUCGAUAUCCCAUCAAUUGAAAUCGAUAAUGAUGAUAACAAAGCAUUUGGUUAUAAUGUCUCAAUUAUUAGAAUCGAAGAGUUAAAUAUCGAAGAUGUUGUCAUUACUUCAUAUAGCCUUUUAGAAGAAAAAUGGUCUUUUAAAAACAAUUCAGAGUUAAAUAACCAAUGGAUAUUCAACAUUACACUCAAUAAUAAAUGUUAUUUAGAGGCCACAUUCGAAUACUUUAAAUUAUCACGUGAAAUUACAUUUGCAGCCAAUACAUUCGUAGUUCCAGCAGAAUCAUUAAAAUUAACAUUUAUCACUAAAGAUUGGCCAUUUAAAUCAAAAUUAAAUAGUUUAAGAAUUGUAGUUUCAACCCAAACAAUAAAUUUAGGUGGUUCAAGUUGUUCAAUCGAUAAACCGGUAACUUCAACAUUUAAUCAACAUCUUUGGACAACAACUAAAAAUGAAGAGUCUGGUAUGACUGCUAGAUUUAUUUCAGCUGCUGAAAUUGAUGAACGUCCAAUCACUCCAAAGAUUGAAAGUUUAGAAAGUAGUAGAACAACAUCUAUUGUCGGUAUCUCUGUACCAUAUUUCAGAAACAAGUCAGUAAUCGAUCCAGAUUUCUCAAUGCUUUUAAAUGUUAACAAACAAAAGACUGGUAAUUGUCAAAAAGAAAAUAAAGUUGAUUGGAAAAUUGCAACUGGUACUGCUAUAGGUGCUAGUGCCGCUGUUUGUUUAAUUGCUGCUGCCGGUUACGUCAUCAAUAGAAAGAAAAAAGAAAAAGAACUUUCUGAAAUAAUGAACAAAAGACAAAGAUCUUAA